AUGGCGUGCAGGUCUCGUGGCGGAGCGGAUUGGGUCCACGGCCAGCAUGUCACGACUUGGAAGUAUCUGCGCCGAUACAAUAUGCAAACAGACGGCACAGCCAACGGCUGGGACUCCAAUGUUCCAGGUGGUCCAGAGUGCUGGGUCUAUGUUGAUGGCCUGCUUCGUGGGCCAGAGAGGGUACAUAGCGAACCUAACCGACUCUUCUUUGAGAAAUUUGACCAGCUGGUGCAGGAAUGGAUUGAAGCAAAACGGGAAGAUGCCAGCAUGCAGAAGCUGGCCGAGCGCGCUUUCGACCAGCCGCCAACCGAUGAUGAGCGCAGACUCAUGGAAGGAAUGAUGGCCGAAUGGCACGCGGCAGACCUUGCAGAUGUAGGUGUUUAUGAAGAUGACCUGUACAGCGAUCGAAUCAAGGCCUUAGCCCAGACGAGGCCCAGCAUUCUGACCGAUGACGGCGAUGAGGGACACUGGAAAAUUGUGGGUGGUCAUCAAGGCUUGGCGGAGAAGAUGGCAAAGACUUUAGAUCUCAGCUUGUCGACAGUUGUGGAGCAUGUGCGAUGGACCGGAGAUAAGGUGAAUGUCAAGUGCAGGGGUGGUGUUUCCUGGGCAGCUCGCUCACUGGUCAUGACCGUUCCCCUGGCCUGCAUUCCGGACAUUUCCUUUGAACCUCCGCUGCCAGAGGAGAAGAAACAGGCAGUGGACUGCCUAGGUCGAGGUGUGACCACCACCGUGUACCUUCACUUCAAGGAAAGCUUCUGGCCCGAGCGCCUGGCGUUCCUCUUCCAUUCCAUGUCAUCUCAGGUGUUCUGGCCUGGACGGAACAAGCGUGUCCUCACAGCUUACUUCGGAGGGCGGACAGCCAAUGAACACCUGCUGAAAAUGAGUGAUGCUGAGAUGACGGCUGAGAUACUGCGCCAGCUCACAGUGAUCUUCCAGAGGCCUGUGCAGGAUCUUUUCCUGAAGAGCGAGGUCCACCGAUGGGAUACAGACCCCUUUGCGAAGAUGGCCUACUCUUACUGCCCUGUUGGCACGGCUCAUCUACGGAGCAACUUGGGUGCUCCAUGUGGGAACUUGUUCUGGGCUGGAGAAGCGAGCCAUCCUACCAAAGGCAGCUUCGCCCACGGCGCGCUGGAGGAGGGCGAACGUGCUGCAGAUGAAGUGCUUGCCUUUCUCGGACGUUAA